AUGAAGAGGUACACGUUCGCCGAGGAGCUCAGGGCCGGAAAAUGCCGCCGUUUGGUGGCCGCACUUGACAAGACGACCGAUCGCGCCGUAUUCAUUGCCGCCUACAACAACGACGUAAUCCUCGAAGGCUACAAAGAGAUCGAAAUCCUGAUGGCUUCUCCUGGCCGCCAUCUCCCCGCCGCAAGGGUGAAGAGCUAUGAUGCACAGAAACGCGAAAAUGCCCGCGUAUCCCUUAUCGAAACGGGAAACGCGUAUCCGGAUUUGGAAACGUUUUGGAUACCUCCGUAUCCAAUCCGGAAACGCCAGAAUGUGAAGAGCUUGUUUUAUCAGCUCUCCACGGGCCUUCGUGCCGCCCACUCCAAAGGGAUCUUUCUUCGAGACCUCUGCCCAGAGAAGAUUCGGGUUUCGGAGAACCCUUUUCGAGUGAAGCUCUCUGACUUCAUUGGGGCCAAGAUGCUUCACCCAAUGGCUCGCAAUUUGGAUUUGGUCACACCUCCCGGCGCGUUGGAGCGCAACCUGAGCUAUCAGGCCCCUGAGCAGCUAAUUGGGUCAGAGAUGUACACCUCUGCUGUGGACAUAGUUGAGAUGACAACUGGUGUUGUUCUGUUUUCGGCCGAUUCUACUUCUCAUCCACAUACCCAUCUGCAAUCUAUAUUCGGACUAUUGGGCACUCCAACAGUGAACCCAUAUCCUCCUGAUGUACACGAUCAAUGGGCAGCCCAAAAGACAUGUGAGCCUACUCUUGAUCUAUAUGAUCUACUCUUGCCAGUCUUGGGCCAGCGUGGAUCUCGGCUCCUGAUGAGACUAUUGUGUAUCGACCCGGCAAAGAGGAUUACAGCUGAAGGGGCAUUGAAACACAAGUACUUCAACGGUUUCCUUUGGAUUUUCAAUCUGAUAGAGGUUGAAUAUGACUAUUGCCACUUCUAA